AUGAUCCCGAAAUGUCCAGGAAGAGAAAGAUUGAUGCAGAUGGAAGGCAGUUUCAAGAAAGAUGGGAAGGCGAAUACAUGUUUGUGCUUCAAGGAGAAAAAACUGCGAUCGCAGCAGAAUUUGUUCACCAAAGCCACAACCAAAAACGAUGCAGCAGUGAAAGCUAGCUUUAUGGUGGCUGAAGAAAUCGCCCGCGCUUCAAAGUCUUUUUCAGAGGGUGCGUUUUUGAAGCAGUGCAUGCUGAAGGUGUGUGAGCAGGUGUGCCCCGACCAGAUACAGACUUUUAAAAAUGUCAGUUUGUCAAGAAACACCAUUGCGGACCGAGUCAAGGAGCUAGCAGCAAACCUGUCAACACAGCUGGCCGAAGAGUCACGCAGUUACACCGCUUUUUCAUUAGCGGUUGAUGAAAGCACAGACAACACGGAUAUGGCACAGCUAUCCAUUUUUAUUAGAGGCGUGAAGUCGGACCUCUCUGUCACCGAGGAGCUCUUGGAUGUAGCUGCCAUGCAUGGGACCACAACGGGACGGGACAUUUAUGAUGCGGUGGAGAAGUCCGUAAGUAAAACUGGAUUGCCCUGGGAAAAGUUGGUGGGAUUAACUACAGAUGGUGCACCUGCAAUGUGUGGAGGAAAAGCGGGCUUGGUUGGACUAAUGAAGGAGAAAAUGCAAAAAAGUAACUGUCACACGCCUCUGAUAACGUAUCAUUGCAUUAUCCAUCAAGAAGCUUUGUGUGGAAAGGUGCUGGGGAUGGAUGAUAUAAUGACCACGGUCAUGAAAACAGUGAACUUCAUUCGGGCGCGUGGCCUGAAUCACCGCCAGUUCCAGCUGUUCUUGCAGGAGAUGGGCUCGGAGUACGGAGACGUGCCGUACCAUACAGAAGUGAGGUGGCUGAGUAGGAGCAAAAUCCUCAAACGAUUUUUUGAGCUUAGGGAAGAUAUUGCUCUUUUCAUGCAGAGUAAAGGAAAACCCUUGUCCGAACUGUCAGAUCCAAACUGGCUGUGUGAUUUUGCUAUGUUAUGUGACAUAACUGAGCAUCUCGCCCAACUGAAUCAGAAGCUGCAGGGACGCAAACAAGUCAUCACGCAGAUGUCCGACAUGAUCACAUGUUUCCAGCGUAAACUUGACCUAUGGAAGUGCCAAGUGGAACAGGACAAUCUUGCCCACUUUUCUGUUUGUCAGAGCAUCUCAGCCUCAGUUCCCGAUGCUUUUUCAUGUGCCCGGUUGGCUACCAAACUGAGCCGGUUAAUGAAUGAGUUUGAUCGGCGCUUCUCUGACUUCAAAGCACAGCACUCGGGCUUUGCCAUCUUUGCCAGUCCUUUCACCACCGACGUCAGCAGUGCACCCCAACACCUUCAGCUGGAGUUAAUCGAGCUUCAAAGCGACAGUGGCCUGAGAGCAAAGUUCCAGGAUGCUGCAAUUGAGGACUUUUACCGUCUACUGCCCCCUGGUGUGAUGCCACAGCUUCGACUUCAUGCUGCCCGUGUUCUGUCUAUGUUUGGGAGCACCUAUCUGUGCGAACAGAUGUUUUCAAUAAUGAAUCUAAACAAAACCAAGCACAGAUCACGCAUCACUGAUGACAACCUCCACGCUGUUUUACGGAUUGCCACAGCACAAGAGCUAAAACCAGACAUUGACACACUGGCCAAAGGAAAACGGUGUCAGACAUCUGGCCAGAAAACACAUAGAACAUGAUCAAUGGAUGAGGAUGGUGGAGGGGAUCCACUUGGUGUGUUCAAGGACAGGGAGCAUAUCCUCAUCAUUUUCAACUCAUAGUUGUGAACUGAGACAACCCUAUUUUAUUAUUUUGAGUUUAUUACAUAUACUGCUUUUUGUGUAGUAAUGUAUUUGUUGUUUACAGGUUUAUGCAGACAAAUGUUUACUCCUGCAAGGCUGUGUGCAGCCAUUUGUUUUUGUAAAAUGCUACAUCUGUCACACAUGUUCUUAGCAGCUCACUAUAGUUGGUUGUACGUUAUUCUGACCCUCUCGACUGUGACAAAAAUUUUUUGAAGAAAGUUAAUGUCUUAACUUGUGUUUUAAUAUUUUUCUGUGAAUAGUUUGAUCAUUGAUAAAUAAAGUAAUGUGGGUUUCUUAACCUGAUAAAUUAAAAGGAUUUAUGUUAUAGUAACAGAGCAACAAGCAAACACUUUUUUUUACAUCUAUGCAAAUGCAUAUGUAAUAUUUGUAACUUUAAGUAAUAAAUA